UGUUGGACGUCAAAUGUAACUUUUCAGUUCACAUUAGUAUUUUGCAGGUGAAGUGGAUGAAGUGCCGAGCAUGGUCGAAGUCGCAGCCCCCUUGCACCCGAGAAUGGCACGCGAGACAAAUGAGGGGGAGCAUUCUUCACGUUUCGGCUGCGGGACGAGUCGGAGGAGGGGAGGAUCGGUAGAGGUGAGGACCACAGUCUGUUGCUACUGCAGUGGCCGGGAGGGACGGACACGCGAGGCUGUCCGGACGCUCCCCUCACCAUCAGCACCAUCGCCACCGGCGUCGCGCGCGGAGCUGGGCCGAGGCAAGGGGGCAGGACGCCACAUCGGAUUUGCAGCAAGCUAUCUGGGCCAUUUCCUGGAAGCGGAACGCGGCGGUCACACCCUGACAGCAAGGUCCAGCCGAACAAAAUGGACUUGGCCGUGCUCCACCUGAACGCGGGCGAGAAUACGAUGAGGUCCGUGGGCUCUGGCGCCGUUCUCCUCGUGAUCCUCGUGAGUCACGUGGCAUCAGCGCUGGAAGUGCCCCUUGAUCCUAAGGUCCUGGAAGGAUUGCCCCAGCCCCCCACGAUUACGCUGCAGUCCCCGAAGGAUUACAUCUUUGACCCGCGGGAGAACAUCGUCAUCCACUGUGAAGCCAAGGGGAAGCCUCACCCCAGCUUUUCUUGGACGAGGAAUGGGAGCCAUUUUGAUGUGGAGCAAGACUCCAAAGUUCUCCUGAAGCCCGGUUCGGGGACUUUGGUCAUUGACAUCAGUGGGGAAAAGGCCGAGGCCUACGAGGGGACGUACCAGUGCACGGCCCACAAUGAUCACGGCACGGCCGUCUCCAACAACAUUGUCAUCAGACAAUCCAGGUCCCCCUUGUGGUCGAAAGAAAGACUUGAGGCCAUCACAGUGCAGAUGGGGGUCUCGAUGGUGCUGCCGUGCCGCCCCCCGGCAGGGCUGCCCCCUCCCGUCAUCUUUUGGAUGGAUAACAUUUUCCAGAAGCUGCCGCUGGACAAUCGCGUGUCCCAGGCCCUGAACGGCGACUUGUACUUUUCCAACGUGCUCCCAGAGGACAACAGGAACGACUACAUCUGCUAUGCCCGCUUCCCAUAUACGCAAACCAUCCAGCAGAAGCAGCCCAUCUCCGUCACAGUGCUGCAGACCAACCCGACCGUGGAGUGCCGUCCCGGUUUCAUGACGCCUUUGGGCGCCACCAGCACCAAGAUGGUCCUGCGAGGGGACACCCUGGAGCUGGAAUGCAUCGCCGAAGGCUUGCCCACUCCGGAGAUGUCUUGGCAGAAAGAUGGAGGAGAGCUGCCGAGCAGCAGGGUUUCCUUCCUCAACUACAAGAAAACCCUGAAGAUUGUGGACGUCGGCGAAGCCGACGCCGGCGACUACACUUGCGCGGCCACCAACCGCCUGGGCACGGCGCACCACGUCAUCAAGGUUACCGUUAAAGCCGCUCCAUUCUGGAUCAGCGCUCCCAGGAACCUGAUCCUCGCCCCGAAUGAGACCGGCAUCCUGACUUGCCGAGUCAGUGGAGACCCGAAGCCGGAUAUUAGUUGGUUUGUCAACGGAGUGCCCAUAGAAAACGCUCCUGAGGACCCCACCCGCAAGGUGGAUGCCGAUACCGUCGUUCUGAGCCGCGUGCAGUCCGGCUCCAGUGCGGUUUACCAGUGUAACGCCUCCAACGAAUUUGGCUACCUGCUCGCCAACGCUUUUGUCAGCGUUCUUGCCGAGCCUCCGAGGGUGCUCACUCCCCCCAACCGAGUGUACCAGGUCAUCACCAAUAGCCCCGCUUUACUGCAUUGCGCCACGUUCGGCUCGCCCAUCCCGACCAUCACAUGGUUCAAGGAUAGUCUGAUCAGCAUCAAGAGCGAAGACCCCUAUGUGAUCCACGAAAACGGUACCCUGGAGAUCAACGUGGCCCAGUCGCAAAACAGCGGCAAGUACACGUGCAUCGCCACCAACAACCUGGGCGUCAAGGAGAACCACGUUUUCCUGGAGGUGAAGGAGCCCACGCGCAUCCUCAAGCAGCCAGAAUACAAAGUGGCGCAACGGGGCACCAGCGCCGUCUUCGAGUGUAAAGUCAAGCACGACCCGUCCCUCGUCCCCACCAUGACCUGGCUCAAAAACGGCGGCGAGCUGCCCGACGACGAGAGGUUUGAGGUGGACACGGACAGCUUGGUCAUCAAAGAUGUGACGGAGGAAGAUGAGGGCACGUACACGUGCAUCAUGAACACCACUCUGGACCGGGACUCGGCCAGCGCCACGCUGACUGUCGUCGAGGCUACUCCCACUCCAGCUAUUUUCUACGAGAAACCCGACCCGCCUACUGAUCUAGAACUCACUGACCAAACUGAACGCAGUGUUCAGCUCACCUGGUUCCCCGGAGAUGAACACAACAGUCCCACACAAAAGUUUUUGAUCCAGUAUGAGGAUUUGCUACACCGGCCCGGCGUCUGGGUCAACAUGACAGAGGUCGCCGGUACGAGCGCCACGGCGCAACUGGAACUCUCGCCGUACGUCUACUACUCCUUCCGGGUUCUGGCCAAGAACCAGGUGGGCUACAGCCGAGCCAGCCAGCCGUCGCGCCAGUACAGAACCAACCCGGCGGCCCCUGAUGAGAAUCCUUCGGAUGUUCAAGGAAAAGGAACGGAACCUGGCAACCUGGUCAUCUCCUGGACAUCGCUCACAGGCUUCCAGUCCAAUGGGCCCGGUCUGGAGUACAAGGUGCUGUGGAGACAGAGGCACGUGGAUCAGGAUUGGUCCUCCAAGACGGUGGCCAACGGCUCACAUCUUGUCGUGUCCGGACUUCCCGUCUACGUUCCCUACGAGAUCAAAGUUCAAGCUCUCAACGAUUACGGCAACGGGCCCGAGGCGGAAGUCGUCAUCGGAUACUCGGGGGAAGACUUGCCGAGGUCCGCCCCGGAUGGCGUCCUGGUCACAGUCCACAACAGCACGACGGCACAAGUCCACUGGGAGCCGGUGUCCCCUCAUUCGGUCCGGGGGAAACUGAAGGGCUACAAGGUUUACUACCGUCGGCAGCGAGGCUUGCACGAGACCGAGGAGGAAGCGGAUCAGGAGUCGGAAGAACAGGUUGUGACCUUCAGCGGGAACCGCACCGAAGGGCGUCUGCCGGGCCUGCAACCCUACAGCCUCUACAUCAUCUUCAUCAGGGUCCUGAAUAGCAAAGGAGAAGGUCCUCAGAGUCAGGACAAGCAGUUUGAGACACCCGAGGGAGUCCCAGGACCACCUUCUUUUCUAAACGUCUUGAAUCCCAGUUUGGACUCUCUCACUCUGGAAUGGGGCCCACCACUGCACAAAAACGGACGCCUGAUUGGCUACACGCUUCAAUACCAGCCAGUUGUAAACACCACAGAAGCGGGGCCGGUCACCGUCAUGGAUUUCCCGGUCAACGAGACCACGGUGACGCUGGACAACCUGAACUCCAGCGUCCUCUACAAGUUCCACCUGAGCGCAAAGACCGUCAAAGGCGCUGGCGCCAAUCUCACCAAAGAGGCCUCCACCAUCAUGGAAAGCACUCACAGUCGUCCCACUGUCGGGACGGGCAAAGGCCCCACCGAGCCCCCUUCUCACCCAACCUCCCCCGUCACUCGGUCUGCGCACCCCCCGCUUCACAAGGGUACACAAGCUUUCCCCUCUGUCUCUUAUCUGUGCUGCCGCUCACUCUCGUUGGCUUUCGAACCGAAAGCCGCCAACUUGACCCGACGCAAGAAUCAAAUUCAAGGCAGUCAGUUAGUCACAUUUUCGGUGAAAUUUCAAGAUGCGCUACAACCUGUCACCUUUAAUCUUAAUGUUGUGACCCAUUAUGAGUGUGUGACAUCACAUGACGUUAAAACGGUUCAUCCUGAAACUUCACCGAAAAGCUGUAAAUACCAUACACGGUGUUUUGAUUCCAAACACACGCCGCCCCUUUCCGUUAUGUAUUCAGCGCCCUCUGUAGGCCCGGUGUUUGGCAUCGUGAACACAUCCGUUUCGGAGGAGUGCGCGCUGAUCACUUGGGAAUACUUUGGACACCAUAAGAACAUUUAUGUGGAAUACACGGUGGAAAACAGUAAAGAGGACUGGAAAAAGGAGUCGGUCAACGGCUCGCACUCGCAUAUUUUAAAAGGCUUAAAGCCAGGGACGUCCUAUAGGGUGCGCGUGGUAGCUCGAGACCCGGCCGGGCCGACGCUCCACGCCACAAACGAAGAGGUGGUUACGGUGCCAGCCGUGGCCAGUCGGCACGUGGACAUCGCCACGCAAGGCUGGUUCAUCGGGCUGAUGUGCGCCAUCGCUCUGCUCAUCCUGGUGCUCCUCAUCGUCUGCUUCAUCAAGAGGAACAAGGGCGGAAAGUAUCCAGUGAAAGAGAAAGAAGAAGCCCACCAAGACCCCGAGAUCCAGCCCAUGAAGGAGGACGAUGGCACCUUUGGAGAAUACAGUGACACAGAGGACCACAAGCCACUGAAGGGCAGCCGGACGCCAUCAAACGGCACGGUGCGGCGCGACGAGAGCGACGACAGCCUGGUGGACUACGGGGAGGGCGGGGACGGCCAGUUCAACGAGGACGGCUCCUUCAUCGGCCAGUACAGCGGCAAGAAAGAGAAGGACACGCACGAGGGCAACGAGAGCUCGGAGGCGCCGUCGCCCGUCAACGCCAUGAACUCCUUUGUCUAAACCCCGCUUCGUGCGAAGGACGCUUCAACUUGGACCGCGGUGCUUAAUCACCAUGGCAGCCCGUCACCCAGGAUGCCCCAUCAUCUCCUUCCACACCCCCCACACCCCGACACUGUCGCACCUCCUGAGCAAACUCGGCAAAGAGGGACACCGCCGCCCAGAAGGUGUCGAAGGAACGACUCUCUGGAGAAGCAAUAUAGACACGCAUGUAUCAGGAGCUGUGUGUGUGUGUGUGUCUGUGUGUGUGAGAGAGAGAGAGAGAGAGAGAGAGAGAGUGAGUGCGCGCCAUUUGAUAUCCUUUGCUAGCAUUUCUAUACAACCACAACGCAUCCAAACACAUCCGCAGGCGUUAACUGCAUGGAAUCCAUCGUGAUGCCGCUUUUGUUGUCACGGAAACGUGCCGAGUUUGGUUGUCGUCCCAAAGUGGCCACCCCAAAGUGUUACACGACGUAUGAUACCGUGUAUUUGGAAGGAUGAGGGAAAGG